AGGCCCUUUUUUAGGGGCUUAUUUUUGGGGAGGGGCUUAUAUUAGGAGGGGCUUAUCUGCGGAGGGAAAUUUGCGUUUCAAAAUCGAUUGCGCUAGCCUUAUAGUCGGAAGUAAAUUUACCGUUUUUGCUUUGUUUUACAAUUUUCCAAGUACAAGCCCCCGGGGGAUUAUAUUUAAAGGGGCGAUUUAACGGAGGGUUUUUUGCGUUACCGGUUUAGGGGACUUAUAUUUGGAGGGGCUUAUUUUCGGAAUUUUACGGUAUAUUACUAUACCGGGUAACUUUUCGUGUCGGCACGAACAGCUUUGCGGUAAAGUGUGUGAACAAAGCCUUGCAUGCGGGUAGUCCUGAUAACAUUUGAAUCUGUAGAAAAGUCCUUUAAAAAUUGGCAUUUUAACUGGGAUCGUUGAGUUAUCGUUUCCUUUGGCGCAGUUGACUAUACUGUACAAAGUGUUUCUAGCUUCUGACCCUUUACGUAUUUUGGUGUGACCAUUGAAGUAAAAGCUUUUGAAGAUUGUUUUCGCCCUGGGUCAAGAAUUUAAAAGCUAUUACCGUGUCGAUUGCGUCGUCUUCAUUCUUAAAUUCAUUUCUGUGGUUUUUGCAGUGUCUCCUUACUGCAGCGUUUGAGCAAAGUACAGCAGAAGGGUGUUUCUGUAGAUGGUAAGUUUUCUGAAAUGAAACUGUGGUCCUGUUGCUCGGAAGAAAAAGUACUGGCUCCAGUUGCUCAAUGCACCGUUAUCCACUGUAUGGCACAAUAAGUUUUCUUGAUACUUAUUCGUUGGAUAGUGAUUUACUGGUGGAUAGAGGUAUCCAGUCAUUGAUUGAACUGGGGCCAUAGCCUGCGGAGCAUGGCGAUUUUGUUCAAGCUAAGUGAGCGUGGGGCGAGAGCGGUGAAGCCGCGAUGAGGUUGGGGCGAAAAGACCACUAAUCCGGGCGGGCAGGCGAGGGGCUGCUAAGAAGCAGCAGAAAACACAGACUUCGUCCUUCCCGUCAUCCAUAUCGGCUUCGUGUGGCGUUGGCUUGCAAGUCCCCCACAACUCGCUACCUCUGCGUGCAUAUCAUAUAAAUGUCAACUAAGGUUAGUCUGGGUCUUCAGGCGUCAAACCUGUAAUUCGUGCACGUUCAUUAAUUUAUUACGGAAAUAAACUUCAUUAUAAAGACUCUAAGUUUUGGCACUACAAGCAUUCUCUGCAUCUGAAACGCGAAGUAGCGUUCUCUUUUUGCCUUUGGCGUUAUUACGGCGUACGAUACUAAUCGGUGUUCGUAUUGCGGCGACAAAGCGCUUCUUCAUCGUACAAUCUAAGCAGUGUUACUAAAAAUAAAAUUUGCUUUUCUUUGGCAGAUGAAACAAAAUGUCCUGUGUGCCAGGGAGCCAUCAUCGCAGAAGGUAGGCUAACAAUAAAAACUCAAUCAUUUUAUUAGUACCCAUUUAUCUGGAGAACCUCGUCCCGGGUAGAAGCGUCACGAUUCUACUCGAGUUACCCUGAGGCGAACCAGCUUUCCCUACUUUUCCUUACAAAACUUAGCUAACUUUUUUCAUAAGAGACAAAAAGUUCGCUCGGCUAGAAAGGUGAGCAACCUAGGCGGGUCACCCUUUUUAAAUGGUAAAGUCACCCUCCUAGCCAGACCAACUUUUCUACACACAGACACUUUGGCUCGUUCAGUCGGGUCAACUCGGUCAAGGUGAGACAAUCAUAGCAUGCGCAAACACCGUCGUCAGCUCUGGGUCAACUUCUGUCUCACAUAAACGUUCGCUAAAAUUGAUUGGGCAGGGAGGGUGACCCUCUUUCCAAGGACAACUUUUCUCCAUAAAACGGGGCCUUAGUUACUCAUUCCAGUUGAUAGCCGUUCGUCUUAACCUUUUCUGAAUAUCCUUCUUCUAUUGCCGUUUGUGCUUUACACAGGUUUUUUUUUAAGUUUUUAAGUUUUUAAAAACUUAUCUUUUUCAGACUCAAGAAGAGCCUCACACGUCGUUGUAUUCUUUUGUAAACAUGUGUAUCACGAAGACUGCCUGCCCGCGCGCGAUGUGGUAAUUAAUGAGUUCUUUGCUUCAAGCUGUAUAUUUCACGACUCUCAUUCUUCGCCAGCAACCGUAAUUAUGGUGACAUUCCGUGUAGUAAAUAAAACCCAUUAUUUACUAACUUGAUUCUAACCGGUCUUAAACAGGCGUAUAAUUUUGAUCUUUAAGGUAUGCAGGCUCCUUUGAAACACGUUGCUGCUUGGAGCGACUUGUGUGGGCCUGACUUCAUGAUCUAUACUCUUUCAGUCUUCUUGCAGUUUUGUUUGCAGUGUUUUAAGCGUUUCCCACACUACCUUAGCCUCCCCCCUCCCCGGCUGUUUCUUCAUCCACUUAAUCAAAUAGUGGAUGCGGGACUUUGCCAGCAGAGGGGAGGGGGCGUUAUUUUACCCAGAGGGGUGGCUGGCCGCAGUGGUUAUUUAUAGCGAUUUUUUCACUUCCCUCUCGCGCCUCUCCUGCUCAUCUCCCGCUCGGCUAAAAGGAAAUGGAAAAGAAUGCUAUGCAGGCUUUAUAAUUAAACCUGGGUCAGCCUCAACUUGUUCGUAGGUUUUUCUUCUCUUGUGUUCCACCUUUUUAAUAGCGGAAAGAGGGACUGAGGCGUUGGAGGUUCGAUUGUGUGGGUGAAGAAAAACUGGACGAGUUUAUAACGUAACUCAACAACAUACACCCUUUUAUUAAGUUCACUAGUGAACGCUCAGCAACGUCUAUCCCUUUCUUAGAUGUAAACAUUCAACUCCACGACGGUAAAAUAAAAACUGAUCUUUACUGCAAACCUACAGAUAAACACCAACACUUACUGCACUCUUCAAGCAACCCAUAUCACACUAAAAAGUUUAUUCCCUACAGCCUAGAUCUUCGGCAAAACAGGUACCUCGAAAAGAAGCCUUAUAAGAGAAUAAACCAGCCACCAGAGAUAUAAGUGACCGCAUCCCUUUUACAGUUACCUAUAAUCCAGCUCUACCUAACAUCCAUGAAAUACUCCUCAAGAAACAACCUUUCUGCAAUCCACCGAACGCUUACGAACUGACAUCUUUAAAGAAGUACCUGUCGUCGCUUUCCGCCGUUCACCAAACCUUCGUGACCUACUCGUUCGUGCGAAACUCGCAAACAACGACAACACACCCAAGCCCCCUGCGGGCACAUUCCUUUGCAACUCCAGACAUGGCUUCCUCACCCGCCCAUACAUUAACCAUGGGAAAAUAUCAUACACUUUCACCAACACGGGAGAAACAAGACAAAUAAAAUAUCGCAUUACUUGUGACUCAACAAACCUAACAUAUAUGAUCCAAUGUAAAAGAUGUAAAAAACAACAUUUGGCUGAAACUAAACGCACACUUCGUGAACGCUUUAAAGAACAUAGACGGGUAACAAACAAUCCACCCCACGCAAACGCCACAGCAGCAGUCCCUUCCCACUGUAAUCAACCUGGCCACUCGAUCGCAGACAUGGAACUUAUUCCGCUGGAAUUACAACCCACCCUCAGCAUGUCACGCCGUAAAGCAAGAGUAGCGUACCUCAUAGACAGAGGCAAAACCCUGUCACCAGACGGUCUGAACCGAAGGAGACAACAUUGAACUGUUUCUAUUUCUAUUUUUAUUGUGUAAUCAUUUACCUGUAUAUUAUUCUAUCCAGUAUUUAGAAUUGUAGUUAAUUAUUAACCACUUAUGUGAAUUUUAAAUUCAAAUUUUAGGAGCCGUUAAAAGAUAUUUUCUCUCGGUAUAGCUCUGGCCCUGAGGAGGGCUAAUUUUGUUAGCCGAAAUAUUGGCUUAUAAUAAAUCAGCCCUUUGCCGUAGUGCCAGCCCUGCAUUCCAUUUUGUAAUAUUUUUGUUUGAUUCUAUAGGGCCCGUUUUGCCAGAUUUGCACAGCACACAGCCAGGUGAAGAGACGGCGGUCCCAACGCGUGGCAACCUCAGAGGCACGUCUGUAAUAAUCCUGAAGUGAAAGAGUUUAGCAAUUCGUCCAGUCUAUUUCAAGUCACCAGGUGACUUGACAGAUGUUCUUGGUCGCGAUGAUCAUGAUAAAGAAGUUCUUUGAUUGUCAUGUUUUUCGCAAAUGAAUCCUGUUGGGUGAUACUGAACAUGGUUAUCGUACAGGAAGUUAAUUCUGACAAAAUAAAAUAUCUGUAAGUGUUGACCUGGACACUAUCAUUGAAGCAGCAGGGCACUCAACCUCAUUCGUAUUCUCGGCAGUUAACUGGAUUGACACUAAUGACAACCAUGUUGGUUGCCCUGCGGUGCGGAAUUACGGUCACGUGAUGACACGCCAUUUGCGAGAAGGCCUGUUAUUGGUGUGAUCAAACAUAAAAAGGACCCAAACAAUGCAUCAAUUACUCUAAAAAGUAGGAGUUUCAGGAAAUAGGGACCAAUGAAAAUAAAGGUUUUAGAGUUGGUGUUAUUUUGGAACACCGAUUUCCACCCGUUUGAGCUAGUCCGGUAGGCAUUCUCCUCCUUCGAACGCAAGUACACAAGAAAGGCAAGUCAUCAAACCUGGACAGACACCAAAAUAAUUUUCUUACUUUUAGUGCUCCGCGCACCUUG